AUGUUGACAGAAGAACCAGAGGUCAAUCCGGCCGUGCAGGCCACCGGUGACCAUCGUGCGACAGACGAAAUACAAGCACCUGUCUCAGCAGACCAGCAGCUCGUUGCACCAGCCGCACAAGAGGUACCAGAAGAACGGUAUUGCUGGGUGUGCUUUGCCACGGAAGACGACGACAAGUUUGCACCAUGGGUACAGCCGUGCAACUGUCGCGGUGCCACCAAAUGGGUACACCAGUCGUGUCUGAAACGUUGGAUCGAUGAGAAGCAGAAAGGAAAUCCGUACAAAAGCAUCAGCUGCCCACAAUGUCAAACUCGCUACAUCAUCAUCCUGCCAUCCAUGGGAAGAUUUGGGUUUCUGCUUGAACGUUUGGAUAUCAUCGCGAAGCAGCUCAGUCCCGGGAUGGCUGCUGGAGCAAUCAUCUGUUCGAUCUACUGGUCCGCCAUAACGUUCGGUGCGGUCACCGUACUCCAAGCGACCGGGUUUGAGCGGGGACUGUCGAUUAUGGAACAGGCAGAACCGAUCGCACUGCUGCUAUGUUUGCCCACCAUUCCGGUAGCGCUGGUGAUUGGCCGGAUGUUCCGCUGGGAGGACAUCGUGCUGCGCUUCCUGCAAAAUCGGCAAUUCGAUAUUAGAAAGUAUCCCGUCAUUUCCUUAAUGCUGCCCGUAACCAAUGAACCAAGCCCGAACUAUCCGGAAGCUUUCCCCAACAGCACGAUCGGCAUAUCGGAGCCAUUGUCCGUGACGCGCAUCUUUUGCGGUGCCUUGCUCCUUCCCACCGUGUCCACCAUUGUAGGGAAAAUAUUUUUCAAAUCAGUGAAAAAUGAUCUGCACCGUACACUCCUGGGUGGAUUCGCGUUUGUGGUGGUGAAGGGUGUAUUAAAGAUUUACUUCCAUCAGAAGAAACAUAAUCGUGCCAAACAACGUCAAAUACUUGACUACACACCAGAGAACGUGCGAAAGUACUGGACUCGCAAUCAACCACCGGAUGCAAACGAUCGUCCUGAGCAACAGGGAGUAAUGCAGCAACAAGCUAACGCAGAGCGCAACGAGGGAAAUGGUGCAAACGGUGCCGGAUAG